UUACUUGAGAUGACAAUGCACCUCUUCAUAGGGCUCUUCACACUAUCCUCCUGUCAGUAUCACUAUGUACGGGACCCUAAAAACUGUACUGAAGCACAGAGGUACUGCAGAGAGAAGUACACGGACCUGGCCACCGUAAGCAACAUGGAGGAUAUGAACAGACUGAACCACUCGACUAUAGACAGCGGUUAUGAUGGCGCAGUGUGGAUAGGACUGAAGAAGGGGCAGUAUUCCAGGUGGCAUUGGUCUCUGGCAGACAUAGACUACUAUAGUAAGGGACAGACUCAGUUUCGUGAAUUUUGGGACCAAAACCAGCCAAACAAUUUGAAUGAAGAUUGUGGUGUCAUGACGAAUUCUGGAAAAUGGCACGACUGUUUUUGUACUACUCAACACUUUCCAGUGUGCUACGACGGGACUAAGCCUCCAGCUGGUCAUUUCCUAAUGGUUCAACAGCUAAUGACCUGGAGGGAGGCUCAGCUCUACUGCAGGAAGCACCACACAGACCUGGCCAGUGUGAGGAACCAGACUGAGAACAAAGAGAUCUGUAACGUGGCCGGGAGUAACAAAGUUUGGAUCGGCCUGUUCAAAGACAACUGGACGUGGUCGGACCAGAGUAACUCCUCGUUCAGAUACUGGGUCGACAGACAACUGAACGAGUCCUGCGCUGCUUGGAAUCGCAGUACCUCAGGCCAAUGGAUAGACAGAGAAUGUCUGAAGGAAUGUCCCUUUGUUUGCUACGGUAACCCAAGACCCCCAACAGUCAAGAAGAUACAGGUAGUGAGAGUGCGGAUGACCCCAGACCCAAACAUGGACCUGAAUGAUGCUAAGAAGAGGGAGGCCAUUUUACAGCAGGUGAGUCUCACCCUCUUCAUUUCUAGACUUUUACCUUCAUUUAACCACGCAUGUCAGUUAACUCUUUACACUCAUACCUGUUUACGGGUUCAAAGUGGCAGAUUUUAUGCCCACCUGACCCAGAUUGUGAUUUAUAAUGGGCUGUUUUUGAAUUGUGUAAACAACAGUAAUUGUGUGAUGGUGGGAUGCAGGGUUGUGUUCCAAACAAAAAAAGUGUGCUUGCUCUAGUUCCUCAACAGCACUGCUAGGAAAGCUACAUUUAAAAAAUACUUUAUAUUUGAACACUCUUAUUUGAGUCAUAAAGUACAUGGAAAGGAGUGUGGUCACUUGGAGACACCAGUUAGUUCUCUCACUCAAACCCUUGUAAUUGUUUUGUCUUAUGUUGCACCUAUCCCACAUUUUCCCGGAAUAUUCUUAUCAUGCUACUGGAUGGAU